AUGCUUUUCACAACUUCCACAAUUUCCCUCCUCGCCGCCAUUGGCCUUGUGUCCGGUGCACCCACCCCUUCCAGUGAUUCCUCCGCAGCAUCAUCAUCAAGCAUCCCUUCCAAUGACUGCAUAACUUUGUGGCCCGAAGUUCUCGAAGACAUAUGGGAAGGGAAAACCCAACAUAUUGUUUACAACACACUAUCUGACCCCCAGCUGGGCGCUUCCGACCCAAAUCAAGGUAAUGAUGACAUGGGUGCAACAUGGAAUAGAAGUGCAUGGACCUCGCGGGAAUACACCUAUGCAUCCUUUGUCAUCCCAGCCGACGCACAGAAAUGCGCGCUUUGGUCUUCAUUUCCCAGGAGUACUUUCGACUGA